ACUGACCUCGCCGCCCACUGGCUCCACCUUUUGGCAGCAUCGUCCAUGCACAAUGUCGACACCUACCCUACUAAUAAGAUGCACGGGGCCUAUACUCCUCGCGUUCUCUUCCGUCUCGUGUUCAGUCCUCUGCUGCCCUCCCUCCUCCCGCCACCGACGCCGCCAUCCUCUCGCCCCUCAGGAUGAAGCAUCUUGCUGGACUACUCAUACUCGCGCUACCGCUUGCUCCUGCAGGCGCUGUGCAUCUGCCAGUCUCUGGGGUACGUGUUGCCGAAUCGCUCUCACAGGUCGCACGGCAAGACAACGACGGCAUCACUCUCGCUGUCUCCCCCGUCUGCGGAUCUCUGUCUGGCAACGUCUCGGAUGCCAAUGCAGGGAUCCAUCUUCCUAGCUUCAAGACUAUAGUCGCGUUUGGGGACUCCUACACGGACGGUGGGCGACAAGACGGCGGUCCGCUUCCUCCACCAGUGAUCACGCCUCCGGACGCAGAGGCAGGGGGAAGGUCUACGAAUGGGAGAGUGUGGGUAGAAGACCUCGCGGCGCCGUUCAACGCGACGUUGAUGGACUACGCGCAAUCGGGUGCAGUCACAGAUCUCAGUCUCUGGCCGAGUGCAGUUAAGAAGGUGGACUUCCUCGGUCAAAUGCAAACGUUCCUCAACCAGUCCAACGACCUGGAUCCGGAGACGACUCUAUACAUCGUCUUCUUUGGCAUCAAUGACUAUGAAGACUCCAAAACCGACGGCGAAGCGAACCUCCAAGCCGCCGCGCAAGUAAUUCUAUCCCAAAUUCGCAUCCUCGCCUCCGCUCCCACCUCCGCUCGUUCCUUCCUCGUCACAGACGUCUAUGGCCGCGGCACGCACACCUCCGCAGGCGACGCGAUGGUCCAGACGAUCUUCUCCGGGCUCUCCGACCUCAAUCGCGGGAUCAACUCCACCGGCAAUGGCGAAGGCCUGAACGGGAAGCCGCCAGGGCCUGCGCUGAAGGUCGCGUUCGCGGAGUUUGCGCGGAUCUGGGACGGGGUGCUCGACGGAUCGCCUGGGUUCGAGGCGUUUGGGUACACGAGCACGGACGCAUGCAUCGUGGAUUGCUCGGAUACGUUUUGCUCGACGGACGGAAUGUGCGACGAUCCGGAUCAUUACUUCUACUAUAUUCCUGGGCAUCCGAAUAAGGAGGGACACGUGCUCAUGGCGGAGUAUGUGCGGGAGGUGCUGGAUCGUUGUGUCGAACAGUGACAGUGCGAGUGGUGUUUGGGGCAGCGAGGGGCCGAAGGCGGAGAAUAUCGUGAGGUGCGACAACAGCUGCUUGUUGGACGCACAUGUAUCUCAUCGUCCGGCGCAUAUAGUAGCUGGUUAAGACUUUGCUGGUUCUGUCAUAGCACUAGGAAGAAGACAUCGUGCUGCAUCGGCAUUCGCGUCCGCGUUCGAGCCUCGAACUUUGUCUUGAUGGUCGACCAUAACGCAGAGCUAACUUCGGGGCGCCAUUGUCAUUGCGUCACAGGCGAUCUCGAAAUCACCCUUUGUGCCAAUAUCCUCGGAGUGUCCUUCUCGCAGUACGAUCUACCUCGAUGAUGUGGCUGAGUGCAUUGGAUGUGACUCAUGCCAGCGAUCUACACAGCACGGACGAUACACGGC